UAGGUUAUUUGKYGGAUGGGUAUUKYCCCUUCCUUURAAGYAGUCAAGAUGUAGUCAAUCUGUGUCUGGAAAUCAAGAAAAAGCUCAUUUYGUGAGGUGAUCACACAUCCAUACCACCAAGAUCGAAGGCCAAGGUUGGGAAACCAAGUUUACGUUUUCCAGUGCCUUGAAAAUUGCUGUCUGGUACAUUUGUCACUUUAAAACUCAUCAAACYCUGGAUUACUCCAUAGUCUUAAUCAUUUCAAAAUGAGGUUUAUUCUACAAUCCAAGGAGCUUUCGCGCCUGGCUGUUGCAAAAAGUAAACUUCCAAAACAACAAUGUGGACUUUCCAGCAUGUCAAUGUAUGGUUCACAGACUCAACCAUGGUCAUAUGUUAGACAACAAACACUAGAUGAAUACGCCUCAAAGUCUUCCAUUCGUCUAACACCUUAUCAAAUGUUGUAUGCUGGGAAAUUCAAAGAUGGAAGUCACUUGAUUAAAAGUGCCCAAUAUUUACAGAAAGAGAUGCCCAUCAGAAUAGCAAGACGUGUUGUAGAUUUACAACAACUCCCAUACAUUGUUCUGUCCAAUCCAGUCAUGCAUGAUGUUUAUGAACUAUACCUCAGAGCAUUCAGCAUGCUAACAAAAUUCCCCAAGGUUGAAAGUCUUGAAGAUGAAGGUCGCUACAGUCAUCUUAUCACAGGGCUAUUAGAUGACCAUCAACAUGUAGUAACAAACUUAGCUGAAGGUUUUCAGGAAUGCAAAAAUCACAUUUCAUAUGAUGCUAUGGGGAAUUUUCUGGACAAAACUCUGACUUCACGUUUAGCAAUGAGGAUGUUAGCAGAGCAUCACAUUGGACUUAGGAAUGAAAAGCCCAAUUAUAUCGGCAUCAUUUGUACUCAUUUAAACUUAAAACAAGUCAUUGAAAGAUCAUGUGACUUUGCAAGACAAAUUUGUGAACAUCUAUAUGGUGUAGCACCAGGAGUCAUCAUCAAUGGACAUACAAAAGCAAUUAUUCCCUUCAUUCCUGCUCCUCUCGAAUAUAUUUUACAAGAACUAAUCAAGAAUGCAAUGAGGGCAAGUGUGGAAUAUCAUUAUGAUCAGCCUUUAGAGAUACCAAAUCUGGUUAUCACCAUCUGUACCAAUGAUACAGAYUUUUAUGUCAGGAUUUCUGACCGUGGUGGUGGGAUACCUGAAAAGAAGCUUAACAGCAUUUUUAAAUAUUCAUUUACAACUAUGAAAGAUCGAAGUGAAAUAAAACCCUCAGAUAAUCAAGGAAUCUUUGGAGCGAUUUGUGAGGGACACCCAAACAAUUCACCCAGUGGAGGACCAAUUGCUGGAUGGGGUUUUGGAUUGCCAACAUCAAGGGCUUAUGCCAAUUAUCUUGGGGGUUCCCUUGCUGUUCAAACUAUGGAAGGGCUUGGCACAGAUGUAUACUUAAGACUAGGUCACAUCACUGGGAGUAAAGAAAGUUUUCGUAUUUAGUCUUAUUAACAAACAUUUCAUGAGAAAUUAUAAGGUAUUGCAAAUAAUUUCUAUGUAAAAAUUGAGCUAAUAUAGUUUAAUAUAUAUAUGAAUGUUUUAUUUUGAUACUAGUGCAUGUUAUGGUUCAGUCAUGUGAAAAUAUGAAAUGUGAAUUUUUCAUGUAAUGUGAAGGAGAAUUUGGCCUUCAAUUACUGAACUUUGAUUUGACACCAUUGCAGCUGGCAUACUUACAAAAGAUUUCUCCUUARUAUCUAUUCACUCUUUCAACAUGGCUGCCAGUCUUUUGUCUUUUUAUCUUAAGGUAUUUAUUGAAACCAGCAUUUCAAGCAAUUCCUUGGAAACUGAARAGCUUUUUUGUACUGAUCAGGGAAUAAUGGCACAAAGGCAGAUUGAGAACAUGGAAUAAUGAUAUUAUAGUUUAUUACCUGUUUACCUGCAGUCAUUCACAGCGGUUACACUUUGUUACCAUAUUUGGUAAGACCCUUCCAUUUUCAUCUUCCAUGUCCUGUGAUUUUGAACCCAACAGUGUUUUUUUAAGUGUACAGAUUUCAUGGAACUAUAGUUGGCCCAAAUUUGAGCAUUUAUGUUUAUCUUUGUGUCAUAUAUACAUAAAACUCCAUUUUACAGUUCCAAGAGCYAUCUUGACAGGUUACCUAGAAUUUGCAUAGAAGCGAGGAGUUGAGCCUGCAAGCUUGCAAGCUCAACUGGCACUUGGAACUAAAAAAUGGAGUAUUGUUUUACAUGUAUUAUAGAAAUGUAUGUGCAUUUGUGUGCGCAUGAAAAAGAGGUAAAAUAAUUUGCCUUUCCAAAAUUAAAAAGGGGUCUGGAAAUGAGUAUGAAAAUACCCAUAUUUGAUGCUCCUUUCAAAAUGUGUUGAAAUUCUGACUCAGUCUUAGACCCAYUAUUUUGGAAAGGCCAAUUGUGGUGUUAUUUGCCACUUUCUUUGUAUAGAAAGCAUUUACGUCUGCUGAUAGAUUGUGAAUAGUUGCCCCCUGUGUGCCAUCUUGARWGUAAGGUGUGCCWUUGAAUCAAGAGAAAUUGUAAGAAAAAUGAUUGUGUUCCUGUUUUUUAGAAAGGUAUCUAUCAUUCUAUUGUUUGAUUCAAAGGUACAGUUAUUCAUUUUAAGGGAAAUAUUGAACCAUAGCCUAAUAAUUGCUAUACAAUAGAUUUUAUUCGCUCAGAGCAUCAUAUUUUUAGCUUGAAAAUGGUCACUUUUAAAAGCGAUCAUUUAAUUUAUCCAAAGCUGAACUGAUGAUAUGAUCAUCAUAAAAGCUAACAUCACUUUAACACAUAGAAUUGCUAUCUUUUGCAUAAUUGUCAUAACUUGAUACUCCCAACAAACUGAAAAAUAAUAUGAAAUUCAAGGGUAUAAAACAGUURCUGUAGACUUGUAAGAGUAAUAACGGAUUCAUUUUGUCAUGUAAAUAGCUAGGAAUUAUAGAGGUUGAAGUGAUUAUUUAUGGCUKUAUGCAAGCUGGAUGGGAUAAUAAAUGGAUUUGUGAUUUU